AUGCGGAGAAGCACCGAGCGAUCGAGCAGCAGCUCUUCUCCGACGUCUUGGAGCCGGAGCACGACUGACAGUAGCUGGCCGUCGCCGCCGAAACGCCCCGCGGGGCGCACCAAGUUCCAGGAGACGCGGCACCCGGUGUUCCGCGGGGUGCGGCGCCGCGGCACGGCGGGGCGGUGGGUGUGCGAGGUGCGCGUGCCGGGGAGCCGCGGGGAACGCCUCUGGGUCGGCACCUUCGACACCGCCGAGGCGGCCGCGCGCGCGCACGACGCCGCCAUGCUAGCGCUGCGCGGGCCCUCCGCCAGCCUCAACUUCGCCGACUCGGCGUGGCUGCUCCACGUCCCGCCGGGCGCGCCGGCCGCUUCCGGCCUAUCCGACGUCCAGCGCGCGGCCAACGAGGCCGUGGCGGACUUCCAGCGCCGGGUGGCCACCAGACGCGCCGCCGCCGCCUAUGGAGGCGCUUCGGAGGCUUCAUCGGCGCCUGCAUUGACUGACAGCGACUUGGGGGCAACUUCCGCUGCGGCAGAUGCACUCCCGGCAGGGGCAGCAUUGGACACUGACAUGUUCCAUGGUGACAUGUUCGGCGGCAUGGAUGCCGAUUCGUACUACGCUAACUUGGCCCAAGGGCUGCUGCUGGAACCGCCGCCGGCCGCCGUGGACUGCUUGGAGGACGACGAAUGCGGCGGCGCUGAAAUGGACCUGUGGAGCUAG